AUGGUGAAGUUGGAUGUCACUCUCCUCCGCUUUAUGGAGGAUGAGGACUUCCGCGUGCUCACGGCGCUCGAGAUGGCCAUGCGCAACCACGACGUCGCCCCCACCGCGCUCGUCGAGCGUAUCGCCCAACUGCCCCACGGCGGGUGCCGCAAGCGGCUCAACAACCUCCUCAAGCACAAGAUGAUCCACCAUGAGAACACCAUGUACGACGGUUACGCCAUGAAGUACGGCGCGUACGACUACCUGGCGCUGCGCACGCUUAGCAAGCGAGGCACCUGCACAGGGGUGGGUCACCGUAUCGGGUGCGGCAAGGAGUCGGAUAUUAUCUUAGUGCGGGAUGAGACUGGGCACGACUGUGUGCUCAAGCUGCAGCGUCUGGGCCGCUGCUCAUUUCGCAGCGUGACGCGCAACCGUGACUAUAAGGGAAACGGCCGCACCCGUCACGGGGAGAGCUGGUUCUACCUGUCGCGCCUCGCCUCGCAGAAGGAGUACUCGUUUAUGAAGCUACUGUAUGACGAGGGAUUCCCAGUUCCGAAACCGAUCGACCAGAACCGUCAUGCGCUGCUCAUGGAGCUGGUGCCAGGCACCCUGCUGAACAACAUCACGGAGCUUGGAGACGCCAGCAAGGUGUAUCGCCGCGCUCUGGAGUUGAUGGUGAAGCUGGCUGAGUCGGGGCUCAUCCACGGCGACUUUAACGAGUUCAACUUGAUGAUCACUGACGAGCAGCGUGUCAUCAUGAUCGACUUUCCGCAGAUGAUCUCCAUCAACCACCCCAACGCAUCCGAGCUCUUCGACCGCGAUGUGCAGAACCUCGCCAACUUUUUCCAGCGCCGCUUCAAGGUGGACACCACGUGGUUCCCAAUGCUGACGAAGGAUGUGGUGCGCAAGGGCGAGCUGGAUAAGCAGGUGUACGCGAGCGGGUACUUCACGCGCAAGCAGCAGGAGGAUCUGGAGCGGCUCAUGCAGGAAGGCUUCCAGCGUGGUGAAAAGUGUGACAGCGAGGCAGCAUCCCGUGACCGCGACAGUGACGCGAGCAAGGAUGAUGGUGAUGGGAAUGCUUCGCAGAACUUCGACGUCAACAGCGUGGACGUGAAUGAAGGAGGGGUGGGCAAGCUCACGAGCAUCCCCGGCGGAGCAAACGGUGGCGAGGAAAAUGAGGAGAGGGAGGAGGGCAGCGACGACGACGUGAGCGAAAGUAGGUGGCUGGAUGAGGCCAUGAAUGCUGCCCGCGUGCGGCGCCAAGGCGAGUUCUACCCCCGAAAUGUGCAUCGAAACGCGAACUUUUUAUCCGAUGGCAACAUCAACGAGGACCACGUGAAGCACCAAAUUCGCAGGACUAUUAGGUGCAGGGAGAACAGUGACUUCAACCGCCACCUGCACCGCAAUGUGCAGAAGGGCAGGCAGAAGCAGAAGAUUCAGCGUCAACUCAAGAGCUCCAAAGGUGAGGGCUUCUUUGACUAG